AUGCAUGCCAUGGUACCAGCAGGGGGUUUUCAGGCCAAAGUCAAGAAAGAUGGCACAGACAAUGAAAUGUGGCACGGCACCGAGUAUCAGGGCAAUUUCUACGAGCACAACUACAAUGAAUCUGACUCUGAUGUGGACUUCCCAUUUUGCGAUAGCUCCAGUAAGACAAGGAUUGCAGAAGCGCCUCGGUUGGGAGAGAGCAAGUUGCAAAAUGGGCACAACAGUGUACAGAAAGACGGCGCAGAUCAGGAGAUGAAUGUACAAAGGUUUCCGGCUAUCCUACGCACGAAUCGCCAAAUUUACAGCGAAGCUUCGCCCUUGCUAUAUAGAGAACUCAACAUGCGUUUGCAGCCUGGCGACGUUCUCUGUAUGAAGUCCGGCAAAGAUAUCGUGAAGGCUUCGGAAAGAGUUUGGCGACACAAUCCCCUUCAGGAUACUGGGGUCCUCAAACCAAACGGCCUGACCAAUUAUGCGGAGCCAGAACUUGAUGGCGUCAUGGAGCCCCAUGUCUUGGCACGGUUCAAAAAAAGAUCACCUUCGACUUGGAUAUUAAUUGGGAGUUGGAGACGCUUGACGCUGAAACAGGUCGGCAAACAGCAGGAGAUACAACUUUGCAGGACCAAACUGCGCCAAGCCUCUUCGUCAAUGACAACAUGA